AUGAGUAAUGAACAAUUUGAAAUUGAGGUAUUUAUAGAAGGAAUUAAUAAAAUAUUUGAAAGUGAUCAUUAUCAAUUAAUAAUUAAUACAUUAUCUAUGUUAUAUGAUGCAUCAUUUUUCUUUAUUGGUAAGGCACGACUAAUGUUAUUUAAAGAUUUAUUAAUUGAUAAAUGGUUUAUGAAAUUAUUUAACCAUUGGAAUAAUACUGUCAGACAAAUCUUUCAUCAUUUUGUAUUGUAUAAAUUCCUGUUUACAAGGAGGUCUCAUCUUAAUUGGAGUAAAUUUGAUAAAAAUGAAUCUUCUCUAAUAAAAAAACAACUAAAACGUGGUGUUAAAAUGGAAGAUAUUGAUCGAGUGAUUUUUGAUAGUAUUGAACAGAAAUUAAACGAAAUCAAAAUGAUUGUUGAAGGUGAUACAACACUUCCUUAUUCUUUUCUUAAACUUUAUUGUCAAUCUUCAGUUGUUGAAUACCAAAACGCUUUACGUUUGUAUAUUGAUUGGGAUAAGGCUAAUCUUAAAGAAGUACCUAAAACAUGUUCUCCAUUUACUGAAUUUGAUUUAGAAACUAUGACAUAA